AUGGCACCGCCAGAUGUUCAUAUCUCCAUUGACCGGGGAGGAACAUUUUGCGAUAUCCUGGUCAAGGUUGCAGGCCAGGACAAACUGGUAUUCAAAUUGCUGUCGGAAGAUCCCCAGAACUACCGCGAUGCCCCAACGGAGGCUAUUCGACGAGCGCUGGAGGGUUUUCGGGACGUCUGUCUCAUCGGAGACCAGACCCGGCCCAAGCUGUUUGAUCUGAAUGUGCGGAAAGCGCGAGCAUUGCAUGAUAAAGUUGUUGAAGUGGAAGAAAGGGUUACCACGGAGGAUUACGAUCUGAAUCCCUUCCCCCUGGACAAGACCGCAGAGCUGACCGAUCCAGCACUGGUUCGCACCGCCAGCAGCGAGAUAGUCCGCAUUGUCCAACGCUUGAAUGUUAGCCAGGUACGGGAAAGCCUAAAGCGUCUUCACCAGGAUGGAUACACUUCCAUCGCUAUCGCCUUUUUGAACUCAUAUCUCUUCCCUGAUCAUGAGCAGCAAGUGGCAGCAAUCGCGCGAGAAAUCGGAUUUCGUUAUGUUACAAUAUCCUCCGAGAUCAGUCCAGCCAUUAAAAUUCUCUGGCGCAGCAAUUCUGUCUGUUCGGAGGCCUAUCUUUACCCGAUAGUUCAGCAGUAUAUUGCAGAUUUUGAACGAGGAUUCAGUGUCCUUCCUCAACGGGUCGAGUUUAUGUGCUCCGAUGGCGGGUUGAGGUCUGCAUCUAAAUUCCGCGGCAAUGAGGCCCUUCUUAGUGGUCCAGCUGGUGGUGUUGUCGGCAUUGCAAAAUCCUGCUUCGACCCUGCUGAUAAAACGCCCCUUAUUGGAUUCGACAUGGGUGGCACAAGUACAGAUGUCUCCCUCUAUGAUGGGAAAUAUGAUUUCUUAACGGAGACCACUAUUGCUGGAAGGACCAUCACAACUCCGAUGCUGAAUAUAUCCACCGUAGCCGCAGGAGGCGGAUCGAUCCUGAAAGGAGGUCCAUUGGCUGUCACAGAUGCCAACUUGUUCCUUGGGCGACUGGUCCUGUCCGCAUUCCCUGCCAUAUUUGGUGAGAAUGCUGAUCAGCCACUGGGCUAUGAGACCACUGCUUCACGAUUCGCCGGGCUCACCAAGGAGAUAAAUUUACAAAACAACCAGAGCCUAAGCCCGGAAGAAGUGGCUCUCGGCUUCAUCAAUGUAGCCAACGAAGCCAUGAGUCGACCCAUUCGCAAUUCAACUGAAGCACGGGGUUUCGCUCCUGACAAGCACAAUCUAGUGAGCUUCGGCGGUGCAGACGGUCAGCAUGGAUGCCCCAUCGCUAAAAAGCUGGGGAUAAAGCGAAUUCUGAUCCAUAAGCACUCGUCCAUACUCUCCGCCGUCGGUAUCUCAAAGGCUGAGCUGCAACACGAAGUCUUCGAGCCCUAUGUCGGAGAAUUUGGGGCGGAAACGCUCCCAGUAGUUCGCAGCCAUUUUGAGAGGUUGAAGGAGAAGGUUCGAGCUGAGCUCGUCAGUCAGGGGGCUAAUCCUAACACCGUCGUCUUCGAUGAAUCUCAGUCUGAGAUAGCAGGGAACUGA